AUGUUCCCCAUCAGAGGGGACAUAGUGUCAAACAAUGCUUGUGAUGAAUCAAAUCAUUUGAACACAGCGCUAUGUCCAGGUUUAUCAGAUAUAGCCCAAAACCCGCAGACCAGCUCAUGCGACGGUAUGCCUAGUAAAGUAGAACCAAUGGCUGAACUGUCACAUAUAAUUCCGGAAAAUGUCAUUUUACAACGGAAUGAAUCAUUGAAGAGCCUUGAGAAUCUGAUAAAUGAACUGCACAUGAUUGUCAAAUCAAAGUCAAACAUACAUAAAGAGGUGAAAAUAAAAACAGGCAACAUAGCGGCUGUAAUGAAAAAAAUUAUUGAUUUAGACAACCAAUUGUUAGAGGAAAAAGGCCGAACCACGGAAGAUACGGAAGUAAAUACAACAGUAGACAAAAUAAACAAAACCAGAAAUGGAGACUUGUUGAUAACUAUUUCUAAGAAAAGUGCGGACAAAGGUCAAGGGCUACAACAGAUUAUUGCAGGUGUGUUAAAGAAUGAGGUCGAAGUUAUUUAUAAGGGGCAUCAAGAAACUAUAGAAAUAAGAGAUAUUGAUGAUGAAACCUCAAAAAUUGAUAUCCAGAUAGCACUACAAAAAGCAACCGGAGGAGCCUGCAACACAUCAGCAGAAGCAAUUAGGAUUCGUAAGGCAUAUAGAGGUACCCAUAUUGCUACUGUAGCUCUACCAGCGGCAGUUGUACACGAUCUGCUCAAAGCAAGUAGCAAAAUACGAAUUGGAUGGGUCAACUGUCGAAUUAAAAUCAUCAAGAAACCAAUUCGAUGCUUUAAAUGCUGGCUAUUCGGACAUUAUGGAUCACAGUGCAAGAGCGAAGUGAAUCGGACCAAUCUAUGCAUUAGAUGUGGAUAA